AUGGAGAAAACAAAGCUUUUAACAGGAAAAGAAGGAUUCGUGACUGCUACCAAGUUGCUUGGAGAAAGCCUACAUCAGGUCUUGACUGAUAAGGAUGGAAUCGUGAAAGAUUAUGUGCCGUUGGACAAUUUGUUUGCCGAGCUGAAGCCAACAACAGCUAUGGGGGUUGCUGGAACACCAAAGCUCAAGUUUUAUGAUUUGGAUUUCGGAUGGGGGAAGCCCAAAAAGCACGAAACCAUUUCCAUAGAUUAUAGUGGAUCCAUAUCUGUGAAUGCCUACAAAGAAUCCAACGAAGAUCUGGAGAUCGGCGUCUGUCUUUCGGCUACUGAGAUGGAGGCUUUUCUUAGUAUUUUUGAUCAUGGAUUGAAAGCUUACAUUUAG